AUGUCUGCUCAUCCGUACUCGGCGCUGCGGUCCACCACGCCGCCGCUGUACUACCGCAGGCCUGAGGGCACGGCGCCGUCCUACUACACAGUUCCAACACGGGAAGUGGAGGGACUACGCAUCCCCUCUUCCUCCUCCCACCCUGCUGCCGCGAUGACCACCGGGGCACCCACCACCGUAGCCGGUGAGUACCCGCGACCCAGCGCAAGCCUGCAUCCCUCAGUGGACCGCAGCUCUGUCAAUCGUGUUCCUACGGUGACGGCAGCGGCGCCGCCGCCGCCAUCUCCGCGGCCCUCUGGCUACGUCAUGCCCUCAGUGGUGAACCCCUACUCUCAAGGAGCCUCGCAGCAGCCAGCGGUGGCACACGUGGCAGAGCCUGUCAACCCCGCCUCCUACCUUCAGCAGGCCAACGCGAUGGGCAGGUGGAGCUACCAGCAGCCGCCAUUGCAACAGCCGCAGUACCCUACACUUGACCCUGUUGCCACUCGCAUAGCCGCCAUAGACGCUGAGGAGGCGGCCAUGGCUGCAGAGGAAAUGACGCUGCGAGCCAAGCUGGCGGAGCUGCAGGUGGCCCGGAAGCAGCAAGACGAGGAGCAGCUCUAUCUCAGUCACGGGUGGGCGCAGAUGCUCGAGAAAGAGGAGCGCUACUACACGGAGCCUGUGAUCGACUUGAGGCCGGACAUCAUGGCGCGGGAGCAGCAGUGUGCCAUGCUGCACAACCACCUCCAACAAGUGGAGGCGCAGGCCCAGCACGCGCAGUCGCAGCUGCAGGGCACUGAGUAUAUCCUGCGCGAUGCGGAGAGCUUUGAGCAGGAGCGAAGGCGCGUGCAAGACGCCUUUCAGGAGGUGGAGCGGCGCAGGCGCGAGUGCGUUGCUCGGGCGGAGCGCUACUUCGACGUAGAGGCGAAGCGGGUCGUGGAGGGCAACAAGGUGAUCCGAAAGCUUGACAGUCAGCUGCGCGAAAUGACGCAACGCGGCCCGCUGGCACAGCUACAGGAUGGCGACCGCCACCCCUCCUCCGGUCGUAGAUCCGCGUCUCGCGCGGUCACCUUUGCGCCUGACAAGAGCAUCGUCCUAGACUUGGGACGCGAAGAGUCCGCCUCCUCUGCAGAGCCCGUCACUAUCGGCGACGAGAGUGGCAGCAUGACAAACAGCUACACCAGCGCGCACGGCCCAGCUCCCCAAUACGAGGGGAACUCGGCGUACGCGUUUCGUGGAUUGCCAGAUGAGGACAUUGGUGGCACGAGUGUCGUCUUCUCCCUCAACGACACCAGGGACUCGCUGAUGAAGCGGCGCAAGGUGGAGAUCGCCUCCGUGUAG